GAGGGAUAGACCGAAAGUAAAACAGGAAAGAGGAAAGUUGACCAAGUACUCCGGCGAGGGUGUCGGAGUUCGUCGGAGAUCGGAGGACAAGUGACGAUGAGAGGUGACAAGCGCCCCUAUCAUUCUGUUUACUCAUCCAGCUCAUGGUUCGAUCACUUCUGGUCUUCCGCUAGGCGGUCCAAGCCUCUAGCCAGGCCGUCUGAACUUGCCGGGCGGACAUUCACCGGCGAGGGUCUCUCCCGCCGUCUUUCCCUCUUCGAUCUCAUUCUCAUCGGUAUCGGCGCCUCAAUUGGAGCAGGAAUCUUUGUUGUCACCGGAACAGUGGCCCGUGAUGCUGGACCCGGAGUCACUCUCAGCUUCAUAAUUGCUGGAUUGUCUUGUGUUCUCAACGCACUCUGCUAUGCCGAGCUUGCAGCCAGCUUCCCUGCAGUUGUUGGAGGGGCUUAUUUAUACACAUAUACAGCUUUUAAUGAGCUUACUGCUUUUCUUGUAUUUUCUCAGUUGAUGCUCGACUAUCAUAUUGGUGCAGCUAGCAUAGCACGUAGUUUAGCGAGCUAUGUGAUCAAUGCACUAGAGCUCAUUCCUUUCCUUAAAGACAACAUUCCCAACUGGGUUGGACAUGGAAGCGAGGAAUAUUUGGGAUCAUUUUCUUUUAACCUGUUAGCUCCUGUUUUGCUCAUAGCUUUGACAAUAGUUUUGUGCCAGGGUGUUGGAGAAUCAUCUUUGUUAAACUCAAUAAUGACAAUAACAAAGAUAGUCAUUGUUAUCAUUGUCAUCAUUGCCGGGGCUUUUGAGGUUGAUGUUUCUAAUUGGACCCCCUAUGCUCCAAAUGGUUUCAAAGCGGUAUUAACUGGAGCAACUGUGGUAUUCUUUGCAUAUGUUGGCUUCGAUGCAGUUGCUAACUCUGCUGAAGAAUCUAAGAGGCCAGAGAGAGACUUGCCUUUAGGCAUAGUGGGGAGUCUUCUUGUCUGCAUAGUUCUUUAUGUCGCUGUCUGCUUAGUGAUUACUGGGAUGGUCCCAUACAAAUUCCUGGGUGGUGAUGCUCCUCUGGCUGAAGCUUUCACUGAGAGGGGCUUGAAAUUUGUAUCAGUGCUAAUCAGCAUUGGUGCUAUUGCAGGGCUCACAACAAGUCUCAUGGUAGGGCUUUAUGUUCAGUCACGAUUGUAUCUUGGGCUUGGAAGGGAUGGUUUAUUGCCUUCAGUAUUUGCUAAAGUACAUCUAACAAGGCAUACUCCUAUUCAUUCCCAAGUUUGGGUUGGGAUGGUUGCAAUCAUCUUGGCUGGUCUAUUUAAUGUGGAAAAACUUUCACACAUUCUUUCAGUGGGCACUUUGACAGGAUACUCGGUUGUUUCAGCUUGUGUUGUAUCUCUCCGGUUAAAAGAUAAGACUGCAGGUCCUAUCUCUACAGGGCAAAUUUCAAACAGGGAUGAAGGAAUCAUUUGCUUAAUCUUAGUUGCAUGCUCUGGCUUUGCUGCUGGUGCUCUAUACCGUUUUGGUGCUUCAUUUGUUUUCUUAAUAGUAGCUGGAGUUAUUGCCAUAUUUUCUGCUGCAGCUCUUCAUUUCCGGCAAGUUUACAGUGACCCACCAGGAUUUUCUUGUCCAGGAGUUCCAAUCGUGCCGGCUGUUUGUAUCUUCGUAAACAUUUUUCUUUUUGCCCAGUUGCAUUAUGAGGCGUGGGCGAGAUUCGUUAUUAUUUGCGCAAUUGGAGUUGGCAGCUAUGCAGUUUAUGGGCAGUAUCACUCCAAUCCUUCUUCAGGUUCAAGCACAUCCCUUGCUUACCAUAGGGCCCCUGUGGGUGAUGAAUCUACCAUGUAAUGCCCCUCCUUCUCAAUUCCUGUUAUGUGAAUGACUUUAUAUUGUAGGGAUAUUUGUAUAUUUGCUUGAAUAAGUGAAUAAUAAUAGCUCUUCUGAAAUUCCAAACAUUCCAGAAGAGGAUACUUUUUCUUUCUUUUUUUGGUCCCUGCUAGACAAUGUUCAGUCAAGAAAGAACAGGGUAAAAAAAAAGUUAAGAAUUGUACCAUGACUGUAACAAUCCAGUGAUCAUUAAUGCAGAUUUAUCAGUUCACAUGUAGAGCCUCUGCAUUUGGAAUAGUGCUAGUUUCAUGGAAUAACCAUGGUAAUAAAAUUUGGGGGUAAGU